AUGUUAUCUGAAUUGAAUAGGAGACCCAUGAUCGGCACAAAUGAUGGUUCAUUUGGAGACGAGUUGGAGAACGAGUUAGGAUUGUUGCUUCACGAACACAGGCGAGAGGCUGAUGAUCAUGAAAAGGAGUUAAACAUGUAUAGAAGUGGCUCAGCGCCACCUACUGUGGAGGGUUCUUUGAGCGCAGUUGGUGGUUUAUUUGGUAAUAACAAUGGAAGCAAUAAUAAUAACAAUCAUUUAGCGUUCUCUGAGUUUGCUGGUGGCAAUGGAUUUAUGUCGGAGGAUGAACUUAGGGCUGAUCCCGCUUAUUUAUCUUACUAUUACUCAAACGUUAAUUUAAACCCUAGGUUGCCGCCACCAUUGCUGUCAAAAGAGGAUUGGCGGUUUUCCCAAAGAAUGCAAAGUGGUGGUGGUGGUGGGGUGGGUUUAGGAGGGAUUGGGGAUAGGAGGAAAUCUAACCGGACUGAUGGUGGUGGUGGCGGCAGCGGUGGUGGUGGGGUGUCUCUUUUUUCUAUGCCGCCUGGCUUUAACUCGAAGAAACAAGAGGCUGAGGUUUCCGAGGCAGAGAAAGUUAAGAAGAGCCUUGCUGAGAUUUUUCAGGAUGAUUUGACCCGUUCGACUACACCUUCCGGGCACCCAUCUCGACCCGCAAGCCGCAACACUUUUGAAAACAAUGAUGACAACAACAACACACUGCCAACAUCAUACUCUUAUGCUGCAGCAUUAGCAGCUUCUUUAUCAAGAAGCGGGACCCCCGACCCGCAACACAUUGCCCGGGUCCCUAGCCCGGUCCCGACUCCAAUCGGAGGCGGGCGGGUCGAAAAAAGAAAUCUAAACGGUCAAAAGAAUCUCUUCAAUGGCGGGUCAUCUUCAAAAGAGUCAGAAGAUCUGGUGACUGCAUUAUCUGGCAUGAACUUGUCAAAUGGAAGCAUGGGUGAAGCCAAGAAUCGGGCCCACUUUGAUCAGAAUCCAGAUUACCAUGAUGCUUAUCCAUCCAAUAAUAACAAUAACAGUAACAAUAAUAGUAAUAAUCUGUAUGUUGAUGGAUCCUCUAAUAAUAGCAUCUAUGGAGGCUGGGAUCCAGCGUAUUCCAACUAUGGUACAACCGCGUACACCACCAAUUCGCCACAAAUGGUGUCGGGUCAAGUCGGCAAUUUGAACCUGCCGCCACUUUUCGAGAACGCUGCUGCCGCGGCCUCUGCCAUGGCUUUCCCAGGAAUGGAAUCAAGGUUCGGAAUGGAAUCACAGAGCAGAAUCGGGGGAAACACGCCUUUUAUCGACCCGAUGUAUCUUCAGUAUCUGAGAACAACCGAAUAUGCAGCUCAGAUAGCUGCUCUGAAUGAUCCGGGUCUUGAUAGGAACAGUUAUUUAGGCAAUUCGUAUACGGAUUUGCUUCAAAAAGCAUAUCUUGGAAGCUUAUCAUCACCACAGAAGUCACAGUAUCCGUUUGGUGGAAAGUCUGCAAGUCCAAACCACCAUGGGUAUUAUGGGAAUCACGGUUAUGGAAUGGGAUUAUCGUAUCCCGGGAGUCCAUUGAUAAGCCCGGUUCCAAACUCACCUCGGGGACCGGGUAGCCCGAUUCGACUCGGUGAACUCAAUGCACGAUUCUCCCCUCAAAUGAGGAACUUAGGUGGUGGUGGUGGUGGUGUUAUGGGGCCUUGGCAUCUUGAUGGUGGUGAUAAUAGCUUUGCUUCUUCUUUGCUUGAAGAAUUUAAGAGCAACAAAACCAAGUCCUUUGAGCUUUCUGAAAUCACUGGGCAUGUAGUUGAAUUCAGUGCGGAUCAGUAUGGGAGUCGUUUCAUUCAACAGAAACUUGAAACUGCAACUACAGAAGAAAAAAACAUGGUUUUCCAAGAGAUCUUUCCACAGGCACUUACACUGAUGACUGAUGUUUUUGGAAACUAUGUGAUUCAGAAGUUUUUUGAGCAUGGAAUGCCAACCCAAAGAAGAGAAUUGGCUGGAAAGCUUUUAGGCCAUGUGUUGACACUCAGCCUUCAAAUGUAUGGUUGUCGUGUAAUCCAGAAGGCAAUCGAAGUUGUUGAUUUGGACCAAAAGAUCAAAAUGGUUGAAGAACUUGAUGGACAUAUCAUGCGAUGUGUACGUGAUCAGAAUGGAAACCAUGUUAUUCAAAAGUGCAUUGAAUGUGUUCCUGAACAACAUAUUCAAUUCAUCAUUACCACUUUCUUUGAUCAAGUUGUCACCCUUUCCACCCAUCCAUAUGGGUGUCGUGUCAUCCAGAGGGUACUUGAGCAUUGUGAGGAUCAAGAAACACAAAACAAGGUGAUGACUGAGAUUCUCGCGUGUGUAAGCAUGCUUGCACAAGAUCAGUAUGGAAAUUAUGUUGUACAGCAUGUACUGGAACAUGGAAAGCCGGAUGAGCGUUCGAUCAUAAUCCAUGAGUUGGCUGGAAAGAUUGUUCAGAUGAGUCAACAGAAAUUUGCGUCAAAUGUUGUUGAGAAAUGUUUGACUUUUGGUGAUGCUAGUGAACGCCAACUCCUUGUGAAUGAGAUGCUUGGCACUACUGAUGAGAAUGAGCCUCUUCAGGCGAUGAUGAAAGAUCAGUUUGCAAAUUACGUGGUGCAAAAGGUACUGGAAACUUGUAGUGAUCAAGAACGUGAGCACAUACUGACACGAAUCAAAGUUCAUCUGAAUGCACUGAAGAAAUACACGUAUGGGAAACAUAUCGUUGCUCGUGUAGAGAAGCUUGUUGCUGCUGGAGAAAGGAGGAUUGCAGCCCAGUUGUCACAUGGUGCUUAGGAGCACUCCAUAGGAAGAGAUGUACAGCUAAUUAACUGAGAGGCUAGUUUGAGCUAUACACCUUUCUGUCUGAAAAUAGUGGUUGGUUGAGGCUAUAUUUAUUAUAUGAGCCUAGAUUUGCAAAUGUACUAGAAGAAACUGUAAAUGCUGUAGUUUAUACAUAGUCGAGGGGGCUACACGGGUUUCCUAAAUUUAUAAGGGUGUAAAAAAUGAGUGUUACACACUUGUGACGUGACAUGACUGUACAAAAAUGUUGCCCGUGGUCGUUUAUGUUUCUAGGCAGAGAGUUGG